AUUGUACAUGCUGUUCUUUUUAAUAUAUAAAGUUACUUUCUAAAGGAUUUACUUAGCUAGGUUUGGGAUAAAUUAAGUAAAAGAAUCAUGGAAUAUAGUAUUAUAAACUUUUUGAAAGUAUAAGAGAGAAAAGUUUGAGCAAAAUAACCAUUUUGAAGUUAUCAAAAAUAUUCAUGGCAAACAAUAAAGUUUCUAACUUUAUAAAGUAUAAAAUUAAUGUGUUAUUUAGUGUUUGUUUGGAUUUUUUUUUUUUUGAUUUAUUUUCGUUCAAAUUAAAAAGAAUUUAAACGUAAAAUUAAAUACUCAACAAAAAAAAGUCUCACUUUUAACUACUUUGAGCUCAACAAACAUCCUUAAAAUGAUAUGCAAAAGCCAUGGUUUGAACACAAAAUAUUCUUUUUCCUUAAAAAGAGAUGAAGACGGUGAAAAUGUUUGUGCCUAAGCCUAGCCUACAAUACACACUAUAUAAAUCUAAAGAACAUAAACCAAAGACAAACAAGAAAAGGAAAAACAAGAACAUAAAGAAAAGGUCGUCUGCAAACGUGGCCAUGGACCCACCGUUUCACGAGGCUUACAAGACCCUCUUGGCCGAAACGGCGGCGGAGGCAAAGGGAACGAGCGACGUCGUGACGGUGGAGGAAUGGGAUCUUCCGGUGGUUGAUUUGGGGCGUUUGACGGGGGGGAAAGUGGAAGAGGAGGAAGAAUGCAAAAAUGACAUAAUUAGAGCUUCUAAGGAAUGGGGUUUCUUUCAAGUUGUGAAUCAUGGGAUUUCAAAUCAGCUUUUGGCCAAAAUGAGAGCCAAACAAAUCGAGCUUUUCAAGCAGCCGUUUGAGCGUAAAAGUAAAGAAGAUCAAUUUUCGAAUUUCUCCGCCGGAAGUUACCGUUGGGGAACCCCCUCCGCCACUUCUAUUACACAACUUUCUUGGUCGGAAGCUUUUCAUGUUUCUCUAUCUGAUAUUCUUGGAUCCAAUUACGGCUCCGAUGAUGAUCUCAGGUCAACAAUGGAAGAAUAUGCGGGAAAGGUUUCAAGGUUAGCACAAAAGCUAGCAGAGAUAUUGGGAGAGAAUUUGGGUAGAAGCUCAAAAUUCUUCAUAGAAAAUUGCGUGCCCAGCACGUGCUAUCUCCGGAUGAACCGGUACCCGCCAUGUCCUGUUCAGGGUCAAAUAUUCGGUCUGAUGCCACACACCGACAGCGAUUUUCUCACCAUUCUUCACCAAGAUCAAGUCGGCGGCUUGGAGUUGGUCAAAGAUGGGAAAUGGAUCGCCGUUAAACCCAAUCCCCAGGCUCUUAUCGUCAACAUAGGGGACUUAUUUCAGGUUUGGAGCAACGAUGAGUACAAAAGUGUAGAGCAUAGAGUUGUGACGAACUCGAGGAAGGAGAGAUAUUCAAUAGCGUAUUUCUUGUGUCCAUGGAGUGAGACGGUAAUAAAAAGCAAGAGUGAGCCGGGGGUUUAUAGGAGGUUUAGUUUUAGGGAAUUCAGGAAUCAAGUUCAAGAAGAUGUUCGUAAGUAUGGAUACAAGAUUGGUUUGCCUAGGUUUGUCUUAUGAUCGAAGUUCAAAAAUCCAAUUUUUUUUUUUUU